GCUUCACUCGACAACAGAUAUCUGUCGCUACUAGCAAAGUCUAAACCAAUUAAACUAUAUUCACACGAUGUUCGCACAGUUUGCACCAAGAAUUCGACAAAUCAAGCUCACAAGAGAGCAGCUGAAACAUUUAGUUAACAAUUUAACAGAAACUAGAGACGAUAUUCGUCGUCUCUUUGACGACGAGUGUGCUACCUCAAACGAAUGGCAAGAUUUCGAGACAGUCUCCAAUGGAAUUGACCAGUUAAACGCCUCUGCAAUUCAGCUCUCAGAACGAGCGGAGAAUAAAAUGCAGAUCGCCUUUGUUGGCUCCGUUGGCGCUGGAAAAUCGACGUUGAUAAACGCUUUACUCGGAGAAAACAUAAUGCCUGUUACUCGAGCGGAGACUACGUUUUGCAACGUGGCGGUGACCGGGUCUUCAAGCGACGGGUGGACGGCCGUUGUAAGAGGCUCUGGUAAAGCUCUAGAGAUUCCCGAGUUUCGUCAACUUCUUCACGUUCUUAAAGCUAAAGAGCAGCGGGAGAUACUCGGUAUUACCCCGGCCAGCGUUAUUGAUGUGAAAUGGCCGACAGCGCGAUGUAAGGCCCUCGUGGAGAAUGUUGUUUUGUACGAUACUCCGGGCAUAGGCGAACGCAAGCCUACAGAUGACGCAGUGAUCGAACUCUGUAAGUUUGUGGACGUUAUUGUCGCCGUUAUGGAUGUUCAUAGCCCCAGUUUGAGAACCGUAGUGGAUUUCGUGACAGCUGUUAACUGCAGAUACACUUUUGGGGUUUUCACCAAGUGGGAUUUGUUCCAAGAGAAUCAUUCUUCUGACGACGGUGCAGAAAUCACGAUAGACGACAUUAAAGAUCGCUGCGUGGCAGAAUUCAUGACGGCUGUAUCUGAUAGAGGACAGGUUUUCUUCAUUGACUCGCAGACUCAAAGGGAAGCAGCGAGGUAUCUUUUACAGCAGAACGAAGCAUCUACCUCAGAUGAAAGAGAAACGGAGGGUUCUCGAGGUUUUAAGGAAUUCGAACGCAACUUGGUCGAAGCAGCUGAAGGUGCAUUAAAAUUCGACACACUCAAGUACGAUAUGCAGGCAUUCAUUGCAAAAGCAAAGGGUUUGUCAGGAAAUCUGGGCAGAAUAAUGGAUAGCCGAAAGCAAAAGAGAAUUCAGAGGCUCUCAAAUCGGAUGAACAAACUUACAGAUGCCGACAAUAGCAUAAAGUCGCACCUGUCUCAAGUAUCAAGUGUCCUUGUAGGAGUAAUGAGGCGCCUUCAGCGAGACCAACAGUUGGCUCAGUUCAAGAUGCAAAUAGAACAUGACAUGAAAAACGGUUACUCUCCGGAAAACGCCUUAGAUCGUUGCAGGGAUGGUUUGAACCGUAAACUCCAGGUAUUGGUGGAAAAUGACAGGGAUCUAAAGGAACAGUUGGACUGCAUUUGGAACUGCCUGUCUAAAGUAGCAGAUGGGCCUGGUAGACUCUCUUUCCAGGUAAAGGAGCCCACGUGGAAAAGCGAGGAUUUUCGCCUCGACGAGAGUUUUGAAUAUCAAGGAAAUGACAUACACGGCUGCCUAACGAAUCCUAGUUUACCUUCCAAAAUGGUCUGCUGUGGUUUAUUAGGAGCAUUUAUAUUUGGUCAAAGCGGAGGUCUAAUCUCAGCGCUUGGUGUACCUAUGAUCAACAGUAUAGUACCAUGGACUGAUUUGAGUGGAUGGCUCAGAUACUUUUGGCCCACAAGUCAAGCUGAGGUCACUGCGGUACAGAAUUUCUUUGAAACCAAGGUCAGAGCAUUACACGAGGAAAAAUGUGAAGAAGUGGCAAUUUCAGGAAUAAGUGACUUGAAAGAAACAGCGGAGAUUAGAGUCCGCAGCGUAAAGCGUUCAUUGGAGGAUGACAUCAGAUUUAUCCAGGAUGGAGACAACUUUCUCAACAAACGAAGGAGGACUACAGAUCGUCUACAAAGUUCCUUCGAGGCUUACGAGGAUAAAGUACAUGACAUUUAAACAAGACAAACCACAAACGUUUAGCUUUCUUAAAGACAAGCUAGAAGAAUUAAGAGGGUCAGGUUUAUUUCAGGUAAACACACAUUUGCCGGACAUUUUAAUUCAAAACAAAAUUUAUGGAUUGUUUUAGUUGUUAUAGUUACCUUUUCAGUUUUGAAUUUAAUCAGGUCACAGGAUUCUUGAAUUGAGAUGAGCGGGGAAGAAUUUACUUUCACAAAAUCUCAGGCUUGAGACUGACCAUAGGCUCUAAAGAGUUUAGAGUAAGUUGUUUAAUUUGGACGUUUUCGGGCACGAGAAUGUCACUGAGAAAAGAAAAGAAGCUUCAAACUCUGAAAAUCUGACAGAAAAACACAUUGUCAACCGCGAGCGGUGUGCUUUCAUUUUGUUAGCGACAGUUUUUGGAUUCAUUGACGAAUCACGAGCCACGAGCUGUAGCUGCUGAACAAAAGCAUACGAAUGCCAAAGUGAGGUAGCAUGCAGGUACAACCACCAAAUAACUAUCACCGUUUAUUUGGACUUCAUUUUCUAAUUAAUCACCUCACUCUACAACUCUUACGAUUAAUCAGUCUACUACUAGUGUCCAGUUUUUCCUCCACUAUAGACGAUUAACCUAAGCUUCCACUUAUAAAUUUUGACCAUGAAACCUAGGAGGCAUUUUACAUACGUCAAUGCUUAACGAUGUAGACCGAUCGAAUCGACGAUUGGAUGCUUUAUAAACAUCACGAAAGUGACUGUGUUUUGAAAAUCUCUUGAGGAAGUAUAUUGUUUGUAGUUCGUACCUCAUCAUCAUCAUCAUCAUCAUAGUUUAUUUAAUAAAGCCGGUUGAGGGAUAGGCAAGACAUUACGUCCUGAUGUGGACCUGCACCAAUUAAACUAUCAAUUAAUAAAAACCUAAUUAGUGAAUAAACCGAAAAUGGGUAUGUAAAUAAUGACAAUUGAAAGAAAUAAAUAUUAAUAACAAUACGGAGUAAAUGUUAAAAGUAUUUAAAGUCAACAGAUUUGUUGGAAACGCUGCAGGAAGCUUUAGCAAAACUGAUAGAUUUCAGAAUUCUCUUAUUUUCCCUGAGUUUUCUCUUGAAAGAAGUUACGUUUGAACAGUUUUUGACGUCUUCAGGAAGGAGGUACCAGGAUAGUGCAGCUCUGAACUUAAACGAAGAUCUUCCCAUUUCUGUUCUUGGUCUAUGAACCUUAACUUUUAGGGAUUUUCUUAAGUCAUAAGGAGUCUCGGAAUUCACUAUUAAGUCAUUUAGAGGCUCGAUGCUAUUUCCAUGAUAGAUAUUGUACGUAAUAACUAAAGGUCUCCUAAUGUAAAAUGAUACAAUAGAGUUCCAGUGUGAAGCGUUCAUGAUGUCAUCACUGUGGAUGCUAUGGGGUAGGUUGUAAAUAAUUCUUGUAGCUCUUAAAUGAACUCGAUCAAUAUCAUCCGUCAAGGCUGAAGAACAAGACCCCCAGACUACAAUGCCAUACAAAACGCUAGGGAUAAUUGUUUUAUAAUAAAUGUUUUCUAAGGUUG